CACCGGUCCGGUUCCUGCGGGUGCUCCGUUCCUCAUCUUGCACGGACCCGGACUCCAUGUUGUUCAGAGACAGCCACGGAGCGAACAAGUGCCCUGGCCGAAAACUCUCACGUUGCAAACUCUUGUGUGUAUGUGUGUGUGUGUGCGAGAAGUAAAGUGUGUGUUUGUGUGUGUGCGUGUGUGUUGACCCUCUGAAAGAAGAUGGCAGACUACCGGGACGACACCGGAGCUCGAGCCCUGCUUGCAUUACAGUCAGCGCCGUGCAGCCCUGUGCGUGUCGCCGUGACCUCGCACGGCUACCACCAGCCCUCUCUCGCCCUGUUGGGUCCUCCGCUGAUGGACGGCCGCACCGACGGCGGGCUCCGUCCCGUACGCCUCAUGUCCCCUCCUCCGCAGGCCCUGGCCAGACUCGAGGGCCGGGACUUUGAGUUUGUCAUGCGCCAGAGGACGGUCACCAUAGGCCGGAACUCCUCUCACGGAUCUGUGGACAUCAACAUGGGUCACUCGAGCUUCAUUUCACGGCGACACUUGCAGAUCAUCUACGACGACGCCACCGGCUUCUCUCUCCGGUGUCUGGGCAAGAACGGCGUGUUCGUUGACGGGGUGUUUCAGCGGAGAGGGGCCCCGCCGCUGCCGCUGCCCAGAGAGUGUAUGUUUCGUUUUCCCAGUACAGUCAUCAAGAUCCAGUUCAUGUCUCUCCUGGAGCUUGAGGAGCACAGAGAGAAGGAGCAUCCAUCUCCUCCACCUCGCCCGCUCCUGCCCCACAUUUCCCCUCUCAAAAUCAGCAUUCCCACCAUGCAGCAGCAUGAAGAGCACAUCAGGGCGUUCGGCUCUCCGCUGCCGUCGCCCACGGGCACCAUCAGUGUUCCUAAUUCCUGUCCGGCCAGUCCACGAGGGGCAGGGUCAUCGGGGUAUCGCUAUGGACGCAACGUGACCUCUGACCUCCAGUUAGCAGCUGAAUAUGCUGCCAAAGCUGUUUCCGAGCAAAGACGAAGCAUUGUCGAACAUAGAGGCGGGGGAAGUGAGCAAAGAGGGGAGUCGGCUGGUGGUGACAGCCCCAAGGAUGAGUCCAAGCCACCUUAUUCCUAUGCACAGCUGAUAGUGCAGGCCAUCUCUUCUGCCCCGGACAAGCAGCUGACUCUUAGUGGCAUCUACGCCCACAUCACCAAACACUACCCUUACUAUCGCACCGCAGACAAAGGCUGGCAGAACUCAAUCAGACACAACCUGUCGCUCAACCGUUACUUUCUGAAAGUGGCCCGCUCUCAGGACGAGCCCGGGAAAGGGAGUUUUUGGCGCGUGGAUUCCGCCUCCGAGAGCAAGCUGGUGGAGCAAGCAUUCAGGAAACGACGGCAAAGAGGGGUGGCUUGCUUCAGGACGCCCUUCGGACCCCUCUCUUCCAGGAGUGCCCCUGCAUCCCCGACCCAUCAGGGACUUCUUUCUCCUCCAUCCAGCGGGCUUCAGACUCCUGAAUGUUUGAGCAGGGAGGGCUCUCCUAUCCCUCACGACCACCACGAACAGCUGGCCCACAAACUGGCAUCUGUACCUGAGUAUAGGUACUCUCAGAGUGCCCCAGGAUCUCCAGUCAGUGCUCAGCCUGUCAUCAUGGCAGCACCCCCCCACCCAUCGGUCCUGCCCGCAGGCCUGGGAAAAGCCCUCGCUUUAGUUCCAGGUGGCGGCGGCCAAAUCCAGCCCAUCCACCUGCUCCAGAACUCCCCUCAGCCCUCUGUCACCAUGCUGCGGGUGGUCACCAGCGCUCCCCCACCCUGCAACCCUCCAAAUGGGUACAGCGCCCCCUCUAUUGGCACUUCUUUGUCAGGACUGCAAGGAGCAGGGGACGGCAACAGUGAGCUCAGAGAAGCCCAGCUGAACAGAGAGCGGGUGAUUCAGACGGUGGACAGUGCGGUGCAGGGCGGGGAUGGACGCAACCUGGGCCCUGGUUUACAUCAACUUCCUGUUCGUCCUGUAACCCAGAAUGGAAAACACACCACUGCUGUUGUUGCCACAGCAACUAGCCUUGCUAAUCCCUCUGGCCUGAGUAGUCCUCUGCAGAUCUUGGCUGCUCAGGCCUCUAGCUCCCCUCCCGUGCUGGUGAGCAGACAGCCCAGCGCAGAAACUUUAGCCGAGCAGCCGGAUGAGCCCCAGGCUAAGCGGCUGAAGAUGGAGGACGAGGGAGGGACUGAAUCUGCUCCGCAUCAAGUCACACCUGCCCAGCAGCCUGUUAUCGUUGCCAUGACAUCACAAACCCACGACCCUAGGAAGUAAAACCUGGGGCUUCUUACAGGUACCUAACGGACAGCCUCCUUAUCAACCCCUAACUGCUUCGCCUUUUAUACUCAUUUGAUAUGACUGCAGCCGACACGGCCAAAAACAAUGUACAGGCAGCCUCUCUCAACAGAAGGGAAUUUAAUCACGAGGAUCGUAUAUUUUGGUCAGAAAUAGAUGAAAAACUUUCAAAUGCAUACUGAAUUU